CGUGAGGCUGGCGCCCGACUCGGCGUCUCGGGACGACUGGAGCUGUGGGAACCAGGGAGAGGGGUGAAGAGGACCCGGCGCGGACUGGGGGCCUGGGGUGUCCAGGAACUGUGGGACCAGGCGGGAUAAGGUCUCCGUGCGAACCGCCCAGGGAGGAUGGAUUGGAGCACUCUGCAGACUAUUCUGGGGGGUGUCAAUAAACACUCCACCAGUAUUGGAAAAAUUUGGCUCACCGUCCUCUUCAUUUUUCGCAUCAUGAUCCUGGUUGUAGCUGCAAAGGAAGUAUGGGGAGAUGAGCAGGCUGACUUUGUCUGCAACACUCUGCAGCCUGGGUGCAAAAACGUGUGCUAUGAUCACUACUUCCCCAUCUCUCACAUCCGACUCUGGGCCCUUCAGCUGAUCUUCGUGUCCACACCAGCUCUCUUGGUGGCCAUGCAUGUGGCCUAUCGCAGACAUGAGAAGAAAAGGAAGUUCAUUAAGGGAGAGAUAAAGAGUGAAUUUAAAGACAUUGAAGAGAUCAAAAGCCAGAAGGUCCGAAUUGAAGGGUCGCUGUGGUGGACCUAUACCAGCAGCAUCUUCUUCCGGGUUGUCUUUGAAGCUGCCUUCAUGUAUGUCUUCUACAUCAUGUAUGAUGGGUUCUCGAUGCAGCGUUUGGUGAAAUGCAAUGCCUGGCCUUGCCCCAAUACAGUGGACUGCUUUGUUUCCAGGCCCACAGAAAAGACUGUCUUCACAGUGUUUAUGAUUGCAGUGUCUGGAAUUUGCAUACUGUUAAAUGUCACUGAAUUGUGUUAUUUGCUAAUCAGAUAUUGUUCUGGAAAGUCAAAAAAACCAGUUUAAUACAUUACCCAGCUAUUAGGUAAAAGACAGCAGGAAAAGGAUGAGGCAACCUAUGCUUAAUUGUCAAGGCCAAGUCACCAUUAUUUCACCAAGGUCAAGAUUUUUAUCUUAAACACAACCAUUUGAAACUCCUGUAGCUCUCAGGUGAAGCUACAAGUACUUCUGAUGGCACUCUUCUAAAACUAAAAAACAAAGGCUUGAUCCUAUGCCAAUAUUGAUUUUUACUCAAAUUAGUUCCAAUAAAACCCUGUGCUGGUAGGGUUAUUGAAGCAAAAUAAUUUCAUUUUUUGAAGAAAGGAUAUUGUCAUUUGUUUCUAUUUCUUUAAGGAAAGGAGAGAAACACCAGGUCCUAAAGAGGAUGCUGAGAAGGGUUGGUGGUUCCUCUUAGGGUUCCUUUUGCCAUUUUCCCCCUGAAUUAAAGGUAAACAUAGAGAAUCUUGGUUCUUUUAUUCACUUUGGAAGUUCUAGUAACAAUGGACAGGGUUACCUAAUACUUCAAACUCUGUCAUACUUUUUUUUAUGUGAACACUUGAAAAUGUUCUUUUGAUCUAGAAGACAUUCUGAAAACCAUUAUAUGUUCCUACUAUUUCAAAGGCUCAGAUAGUGAUACAUAAGUGGUGUGUAAUUAGGUACUGUCACUGAAUUUAAAAUGUGGUCUCAGUUAUGAAUAAUUUUCAGGACCACUAUAUUAACUGUGGUAUGCAGUUCACAAAAGUGUGGUGACCUCUUGCAUGUGAAACAAACCAGACGUUCUUAGUGAUGGCUUGACAGCCAAUGGCCUCAUUUCACAACUUUGGGUGUAAUUUUGCAGGAGAAAUAUAAUGUAUCACCAACUGCCACCAACUAUAGGCUGGCUCAGGAUACCCUGUAUCCCCUGUCAAUAUUUGCCUUUUCCAUGACUGGUAAAGGGUAGAACACUGAUUUGAAGAAGUUGCUUGGAACUAUUUUGUUGCCACAGUACAAAGCAGAAUCGGC